UUUUCCCUGUAGAAAUUUGCGUAGAAUCAGGAAAUGUCAGAGAGGCAGAGAACAGGAGAAGGAUGGCAAUGGGAAACGGCCACUGGAGAAUUUGGAGAGUUUGGACAAGUUGGAAUGCAAGUUUAAACUGAAUUCCUACAAGAUGGUAUAUGUCAUUAAGUCUGAGGACUACAUGUACCGACGUACAGCCUUGUUGCGGGCACAGCAGUCACAUGAGCGUGUAAGCAAACGGCUACACCAGCGCUUCCAGUCCUGGCUGAGCAAGUGGAAUCUGGAGCAUGUGAGCCGAGAAAUGGCUUCUGACACUAGGAAAUGGCUAAUGGGGGAAGCAUUGGAGGGCAUGGUGCCCUGUGUUACAACUCGGGACUCUGAGAUACUGCACUUUGUGGACAUCAAUAAAUACCGUGUCAAAUAUGGGACUACCUUCAAGAACCCUUAAGGAUAACUGUAGAAAGUCCAGUCUUCAGUGGAAUUCUGGGAACUUGGGGGUUCAAGAGCAAGCUAACAAUGACUGAAGAAUAAUCAAGGAACAGAAAAGGCCUGUUCUUGCCUCACCUAGAGAUUUUAUUAAUCUCAUUUGCUGCCAGAGGUUUCAGGCACGUCACAGAAGAUGUUCAGGUUUAGUCUCCUGCCAACUCUUGGUCCCAGCAGAUUUUCAUCAUGGUCUCCUUCCCUCCGGUCUUGUAAAUAAUUGUAAAUAAACUACAAAAAAGAGGUCCUUCCAUUUGUAUCCCUCCCCAUCAACACAUUUUAUAGCAAGCUCUGUAUUAGUAUACGCUGCUGUAGCAAUCUUUGUAAUAUAGUGAUGAGGGAGGGAUGGGGCAUAUUAGCAAACCACCAACCCUUUGUUACACUUUCUACCAAAGGGAGUCUAUUGAGAACUGUGGUUAUAGUAUAUAUAUAUUAUAUAUACAUAUGUAUAUUUUUCUUUUCCUUGUCUGUCUGUCAGUGUGAGUGCUUUUUUCUCUGCUUUAUUUUUUUCCUUUUAUUUUUUUUUUAACUGUAAAUAAAGGUUUGGUAUGAAUAUGGUUUUUGAUGAAAACUAAAAUUAUAAAAUGCCAGAUUUUUUUU